AUGGAUAGCGACCCGCUCACUCGUCUAAAAAACAAGCUGGAUUCAAUGCGAAGAGAAAGAGACACUCUAAACAGCGUUGUUCUCGAAGAAAGAGCCAGAAACGCACAAAUAGAAGCCGAACUUGCAAGACUGCGUAAUGAAUUUUUAAGAUCCAAAUCUCAGUUAGAUGAAAAAGAAGCCACCCUUCAGCGAUUCAACGAGACUAUCCGUGAAAGUGAAAACGCUUACACCAAACUUCUCACAAAUACCGACAAACUUCUUACUGCUUUAGAGCAAGAAUCCAACAAUCUGUCAAGAAAAUUCAAAUAA